GGUACUUGUUACUCGCUGACCCGCGGAACUGUCAGCAGGCAUCAGUUCGCCCUCUUCAGCAGCCUCCGACCCGCAGCACGAUGAGUGAAGCCCGCAGAGACGCCGUGGAGCAGGAGCAGCCCGAACACAUUGAGGAUGUAGCCGUGGGGAGACGCGGCGUGCUCGGCUCCGUGGUGAACGGUCUCCUGUGGCCUUUCAGCAUCGUGGCGCGCGCUUACCGCAGGUUCUGGCUGUUCUUGGGCUUCCGGCAGCCGCGGGAGAGGGCCCUCGUGAGCCCCGCGCGCCACAGCCUGACGGGCCGCAAGCGUCUGCACUGGUUGACCCGCGUGCUGCUGUCGCUCGUGCCCCGCUGGGUGCAGCGCUCUCUGGGCUACACGCGGUCCAGCAGCAUCGGCCGCGCCCUCUCGCCAGAAGUCAGGGUGUCUCCCACUAAACCCUGCGGCAAAGGCAGCAAGCGGAAGCAGGACGAGCUGGACGAGGAUGAGGAGGAGGAAGGCCAGCAGACGUGGGUGGAGGCGCUCACUCAGGAGCUUGCUGAUGAUGUCGGUUCAGAGGAAGAUCCGGACUACGAGCCCAGUACGGUGGAGACGGAGAGCGAGGAGUACCGCUCGCACAACGACACAGAGAGUGACCUGGAGGUUGAAGGCAAAGGCCCAGUGCUCAUCAAAGACGUGAACACGGAUGUUGCUCCAUCGACUCAAGCCCAGAUGUCUUCCCCUGCUGUUUAAUGUCAUAUUGACGCGUGUUUUUUGAAUGUUUAUAUACUAAUUCAAUAAAAUAAUUUCCCCUGA